AUGUACGACGGAAAUAAAAACCUGCUCAUGUUCCAAGAGGAGCAGACCAUACACUUCGGCUGCCACUUCGACCUCGUUAUGUACCCCUUCGACCAACAAGAAUGCUACCUUAACGUCGAGAUCUACGACUACGAUCUAAGACUUGGAUAUUUCGUGAAAAGUACUUUCUGCAACGAUAUAGACGGGGAUGGAGCAUCUUACAAAGGAAAUCGGCGGCUGCUGGAGUACAACUUACUAUGGACGCACUACCAGCCUUACCUCGACCACAACGCUAGUCACGCUGGGGUUCGUAGAGAGGUCAUUCUGUUAUGUGAUUUAAGGUGUUUCUCUAGUGGUCUUGAACGAUCGGAAAAGUUCUCUGUGAUCACCAACACUUAUUCUGCACCAAAAGUUUCCAGGACUAAUAGCCUUUUCACUUCCCUCAUCCCCUCCCAGCUGGAGCUGCGCUUCCGAAACCAGUUCCGCUACUACAUCGGCAACAUCUUCAUGCCGAGCCUCAUGCUGGUGAUCCUGUGCUACGUCACGCUCUUCUUCGACCUCAACGACUUCAACGACCGCAUCAUGGUGUCACUGACCUCGCUACUCGUGCUCGUCACCUUCUUCACCGACACCAGCCAAUCCAUCCCCAAAACCGCCUACUUCAAGCUCAUCGACGUGUGGUUCAUGUCCCUCAUGUUCGAGGACUUUUUCAUCAUCCUGUCCAUCAUCUACAUCGAGGAGCUGCGCCAGGACAUAGCCACGCCCACCUCUUCCUCGGCCUCCAUGGGCACCUUCGUCAGGGUUCGCUCCGUGUCUAGCCUCCCGGCCAAGCCGAAGCCGACGGCCCUGGGCCACGGAGGCGAACGCAUCGUCAGGAUUAACCGCUACCUCGUCCGCUUCUUCGCCUUCACUCUCGUCCUCAUGCUUAUCAUCUUCAUCCCGAUGGGCGUCUAUGGCUUGACCAAGAACGUGAUGAGGCCUCACAGGCCGACAGUGACGUUGCUGCACCCUGACACUCUCGAACCUAUCGGGGAACAAGAUAGGUUCUGA